UCCGCGCGCUGCGGCUGCCAUGGGGGUCGCGGGCCGCGGUCGGCCUGGGGCGACCCGAGCGCUGCUGCUGCUGCUGCUGCUGCUGCUGGCCACCGCCGUCCCUUCCGGCCGGGGCCGCGCCGACCGGCCGCUGGAGGAUGUGGAUGAGUGUGCCCAAGGGCUAGAUGACUGCCAUGCUGAUGCGCUGUGUCAGAACACACCCACCUCCUACAAGUGCGCUUGCAAGCCUGGCUACAAAGGGGAGGGCAGGCAGUGUGAUGAUGUGGAUGAAUGUGACAAUGAGCUCAAUGGGGGCUGUGUCCACGACUGCUUAAAUAUUCCAGGCAACUAUCGCUGCACCUGUUCCGAUGGCUUCAUGUUGGCUCAUGACGGUCAUAACUGUCUUGAUGUGGACGAAUGCCUGGAGAACAAUGGUGGCUGCCAGCACACCUGCAUCAACGUCAUGGGGAGCUAUGAGUGUCGCUGCAAAGAAGGUUUCUUUUUGAGUGACAAUCAGCACACUUGCAUUCACCGCUCUGAAGAGGGCCUGAGCUGCAUGAACAAGGAUCAUGGCUGUAGUCACCUCUGCAAGGAGGCCCCGAGGGGCGGCAUUGCCUGUGAAUGCAGGCCUGGUUUUGAGCUGGCUAAGAACCAGAGAGACUGUAUCUUGACUUGUAACCAUGGAAACGGUGGGUGUCAGCACUCCUGUGAAGAUACAGCUGAAGGCCCCGAGUGUAGCUGCCAUCCACGGUAUAGGUUGCACACUGAUGGGAAGAGCUGCCUUGAGCAAGAGGGCACCAUCCUGGAGGGGCCAGAGAGCAAUGCCACGUCAGCGGCAGACGGAGAUAAACGGGUGAAACGGCGGCUGCUCAUGGAAACAUGUGCUGUCAACAAUGGAGGCUGUGAUCGCACCUGUAAGGACACGUCAACAGGUGUUCACUGCAGUUGUCCCGUUGGAUUCACUCUCCAGUUGGAUGGGAAGACAUGUAAAGAUAUCGAUGAGUGCCAGACCCGGAAUGGAGGUUGUAAUCAUUUCUGCAAAAACACCGUGGGCAGUUUUGACUGCAGCUGCAAACAAGGAUUUAAAUUACUAACAGAUGAGAAGUCUUGCCAAGAUGUGGAUGAAUGCUCGUUGGAAAGGACCUGUGACCACAGCUGCAUCAACUACCCUGGCACAUUUGUUUGUACCUGCAACAGAGGGUACACACUCUAUGGCUUCACCCACUGUGGAGACACUGAUGAGUGCAGUGUCGACAAUGGAGGCUGCCAGCACGUUUGUGUCAACACAGUGGGUGGCUAUGAGUGCCAGUGCCAUCCAGGGUUCAAGCUGCACUGGAAUAAAAAAGACUGUGUGGAUGUGAAGGGCUUCCUGCCCACUAGCAUGACACCCCGUGUGUCCCUGCACUGUGGUAAGAGUGGUGGAGGAGACAGGUGCCUCCUCCGAUGUCACUCUGGCACUCACCUCUCUUCAGGACUGCAAGAGGCCUACUCUGUCACCUGCGGCUCUUCCUCUUCUCUCAGAAGCAGACAGCAAAAACCAAAUGACUCUGAUUUUGGGGAUGUCGUCACCGUCAGGACAAGUGUAACCUUUAAGCUAAAUGAAAGCAAGUGUAGUUUGCAAAAGGUCAAGCUGUCUCCUGAGGGCCUGCGAGCAGUACUACCAGAGAGGCACAGCUCAGUAAAAGAGAGCUUCCAGUAUGCAAACCUUACAUGCAGUUCUGGCGAGCAAGUCCCGGGAACCCUUGGCCGACUGAACGCCCCCAAGGAAAUAUUUAUCACGGUUGAGUUUGAACUGGAAACUUACAAAAAGGAGGUGACAGCUUCCUGCAAUCUGAGCUGCAUAGUAAAGCGGACCGAGAAGCGGCUGCGGAAAGCCAUCCGCACGCUCAAGAAGGCUGCCCACAGGGAACAGUUCCGCUUGCAGCUCUCAGGCCUGGACCUCAAUAUAGCUAAAAAGCCCCUCAGAGCAUCCGAACAGCAGGAGGAGACCUGUGGAGUGGGUCAGGGCCAAGAAGAAAACCAGUGUGUCAGUUGCAGGGCUGGGACAUAUUACGAUGGAUCACAGGAACGCUGCAUUUUAUGUCCAAAUGGAACCUUCCAAAAUGAGGAAGGACAAGUCACUUGUGAGCCAUGCCCAACACCAGAAAAUCUUGGGACCUUGAAAGUCUCAGAAGCCUGGAAUGCAUCUGCAUGUGGAGGCCUGUGUCAACCGGGUGAAUAUUCAGCAGAUGGAUUUGCCCCUUGCCAGCUCUGUGCCCUGGGUACCUUUCAGCCUGAUGAGGGCCGUACAUCAUGCCUCCCAUGUGGAGGAGGUCUUCCCACUAAACACCUGGGAGCCACUUCCUUCCAGGAUUGUGAAACCAGAGUUCAAUGUUCGCCUGGGCAUUUCUACAACACUACCACACACCGAUGUAUUCGUUGUCCACUGGGGACAUACCAGCCUGCAUUUGGAAAAAAUAACUGUGUUUCCUGCCCGGGCAAUACUACCACUGACUUUGAUGGCUCUACCAACAUAACACAGUGUAAAAACAGAAAGUGUGGAGGAGAGCUGGGGGACUUCACAGGAUAUAUCGAAUCCCCAAACUACCCUGGGAACUAUCCCGCCAACUCGGAGUGCACCUGGACCAUCAACCCACCCCCUAAACGUCGUAUCCUGAUUGUGGUCCCUGAGAUCUUCCUGCCCAUAGAAGAUGAAUGUGGUGACUACCUGGUGAUGCGGAAAACCUCUUCAUCCAAUUCUGUGACCACAUAUGAAACCUGCCAGACCUACGAACGCCCCAUCGCCUUCACCUCCAGGUCAAAGAAGCUCUGGAUUCAGUUCAAGUCCAAUGAAGGGAACAGCGCCCGAGGAUUCCAGAUCCCCUAUGUGACAUACGAUGAAGACUACCAGGAACUCAUUGAAGACAUAGUUCGAGAUGGCAGGCUCUAUGCCUCUGAGAACCACCAGGAAAUAUUGAAGGAUAAGAAACUGAUCAAGGCUCUGUUUGAUGUCCUGGCACACCCCCAGAACUAUUUCAAGUACACAGCCCAGGAGUCCCGAGAGAUGUUUCCAAGAUCUUUCAUCCGAUUGCUGCGUUCCAAAGUGGCAAGGUUUCUGAGGCCUUACAAAUGACUCUUCCCACGUGCCACUCAGAACAGUGUCUUACUGUGGCCUCAGUGGGCUGAAGCCAUCUACCCUCCACAUGCCAGCAAGCCAUCGGAUUAUCAUCAUGCCCAGUAUCAGUGACUCCUAACAGUUCAGUUUUUAUAGAUAAUACAGACAUCUUGGUAAACUGAACUUGGGUUUUCUUUCCCAGCUUCAGGUGGCUUUGAGUAGCACCAGCUUCUCACUGUGUGGGCAUGUGUCCUGGAUGUGUCUGGGGCUGGCUGAACUGGCCUCCUUUUGGGUUCUCACUUCUCUGAUGGUCUGUAGUGGAAAGGAGGCAACAGAAGGACCACUCUGGCUGCAGUUCCAUGUCCUCCAGGCCAGUCCUCUCCCAGGGAACAUCUGUACUCAUGCAGAGGUGACCAGGCCGAACAGACAAGCAGGAGGCAAAGACAAGCAAGCACUCCAGGAGCCACCCAGGUCCUCUGAGUCAUGGGAGGAUCCCGAUCCUCUCAGCCUCUGAGAUGCCAGUUUAAUCCUAAAUGUGUUGAGUUCUAAGCAGUGAUAAUUUUUUAAAAAGACUAGAAAGAAUUAGAAAUAAAAAGGCAAGUGUAGCCCUUCUGGAGACAUCAAUAGUGCGUGCACACACAGCAAAUGCAGAGGGGCCUGGUUGUAGUAGCAUCCCUCAGGCCUUCCCACACACAGAGCACUGUGCUAGGGCUUGGAGAACUCCUGGGUGUGAUUUUGGUGGAUGACAGUUAUCCAUCAUCAUGGAAAGGAGACUUCAUCAUUCAUCAGUUCAAGGUCAGCACUGGCAGGCUCCCUGAAGUGCCAGUAGUGACUGGCACAAAGUGCCUUCCCUUUUCAUUCUCCCAGAGUGAAACAGUCUGAGAUGAAGUGGCAUCAUGUAGGAUACUGUCAUUCUCUGAUGAUGGGCCACACACCUGUUCUCAGGCCACACAGUUAAGUCACUUUGGUUUGCAUAGUGGGACCGUAUAGUGAUUCCCCUUCCACAUGAACUUUGCUUUGCAAUAUUACUGAGCUUUUAAGCAUUUUAAUCUCUACCCCCCGCCCCUGGCAGGCAAAAACCUCUUUACAGUGGAUGAAGGAAAGAUCCUGUUGCACUAGAGUUGUAGCUUAUCGGUAGAGUCCUUGCCGAAGAUGUACAAGGCCCUGGGCUUGGCCCUCAAUACCACUUUCUCCUCCAAAAGAAUCCUGUCAAUCAAGCUACUAUCUCCCUAGUGGAUGGACUGACUACACAUAGCCAUAGGGUUUUAUUCUUUCUGUGGCAAUUAUAGCACAUCAUUCUGUAUACCAAAGUACUAAAAAAAUGUUUAAUAAGUUAAAAAAAAAAACAGAAUAUUUCAUUAUUAUUAGACUUGUUUUUCCACCUCAAUGUUGUUUUUAAUCUAUUGAUAACAUUGACUUUUUUGAGGGGGAGACAGCGUCUUACUAUAUAGCCCUGGUUAACCUGGAAUCUAUAUGUAG